AAAAAGUCAAAAUAUCAAGUUAAUAGUUUCAGUCGUUAGCGUUUUGGACUGAGGCAAUGCAGUAAAAUGUUGAAUCCAAUACUAAUACUGGGAUGCAUUGGCUUGGAGCUGGUUUCUGCUAACAUCUUAUUGACCCCCGAAAAUUGUUUUGCACUGAAGAGUGACGAGUGUCCCAAUUGGAAUAUUUCCUUCUGGCUGCAUACCAAUGAUAAUCUCGAAGGCGCUAGGUUUACCGAAAAUGACAAAUUCUUACCUGGGAGAAAACUGCAUGUGCUGAUACAUGGAUUCGCUGGUUCUCGGACCGCGACACCGAACAGUCAAUUGUUACCGUUAUUGACACUCGACAAGCAGGCAGACGUACUCUCCGUGGAGUAUACGAAUCUUGCUGUCGAUCCCUGCUAUAGUGAAGCUGUGCACAAUUCACGCAUUGUGGGUCGCUGUUUGGCUAACCUUCUGCUUAGUGCCAAUGCGGAUUUGUCAAACGCGCAUCUGAUUGGUUUUGGUAUUGGUGCCCAUGUGGCUGGAUUUGCGGCGAAAUUGCUGCAAGCGUUGAGCGUACGAGUGAAACGCAUAACAGCACUAGAUCCCGCCAAGCCGCUGUAUCUCACCGAUGAUAUUACGGGCCGCUUGGACAAAAGCGACGCCGACUUUGUGGAUGUGAUUCAUUCGGACGUUUUUUUCCAUGGCAUCUUGAUGCCCCUUGGUCAUGUGGACUUUUAUCCCAACUCGGGCAUAGCGCAGCCCGGCUGUGGAGAUAUACACAAUAUGGCCACCUAUCAAUGCUAUCACAAACGUUCGGCGGACUACUAUGCCGAGUCGAUUACCUCGCCAGUUGGCUUUUUUGGCUUCUAUUGUAAGGAUAUGAUAAGCUACAUGAAGUAUGAGUGCCAGCCCAGCGAUCACAUUGAGCAACUUGGCUACAGAACAAGGCCCACGGCACGUGGCUCUUAUUACUUGCAAACCAAAGAUGUGGCGCCCUACGCUAAUGGUAUAGAUUUCUCCAACGUGGAUCGCAAUUUGACUGGCAAAACAUAUUUGGGCGAUGCUUUCGUUGCUAUGCUGCUCACCCAACCUCACAAAUAAAUAAAAUUGCUUCGUA